AGCGAUUAUUGUUUACACCGGAUAUGGUAAAAUGAUGGAUCUAUGGCGGCCAACUUGAAAUCAAUGCUAAAUUUUAACUUUAGCGUAAUAUUGUUUAGAAACUAUGAGGAUUUUAGUCCAAAAAUAUUCUUUGUUAAAACUCAGGAUGACGAAUUAAGUAGUUUAAUAGAGAAGGGUGGUGGUUACAUCACAGAUAAUGCAAGUGAAGCUGAUGUUUUGCUGUGUGAAACAAGAAAUGAUCCUUUGAUUAAUAAUGGAUACUUACCAUUCAGUUUCAUUACAGACUGUAUUGUGAAAAAUAGAUUUAUACAUACUGACAAUUACAGAGCUGAGGUUUUAGGCCUUAAUCCUUCCACCUCAAAAGAUAUUAAUGUAUCUGACAACACUGGUGAUGAGAAUGUGCUUGGUCCUGUUGAAAGUACAAGGGUCAAGUUGAGUCAAGAUGACUUUACAGGAAGAAAGAAGUACACACUCAGUGAUGACUUAAACAUUAUCAAGUAUCUUAUCAAUAAUGAUGUUUACACUAAAACUGGGGGCAAUGUGGUGUGGAAGCAGAUGGAAUCACUCCAAGUAACCCAACAUACUUACCAAAGCAUGAAGGCACGGUUCAAGUUGAUUCUUAAUCAUAUUGAUAACUAUGACAUUCCAGAUGAUUGGAAGGCAAAACUUAAUGGACUAGAAGGAGUAAAGUCUAAAAAAUGUGAAACCUCAGGUGAAAGCUCAGAUGAAGACCCUUUAUUUGAUGUAAUUGAUAAAUGGAAUCAUAAAGAAGCAGAUCUAAAGAACAAAACAAAAAAAAGAAAAAUGUCUAAAAAUUCUGUCGAUGUUCAAGUUGAAAGCUCAGAUGAUGAUUUGGCAUCCUUUACUGGAAGUGAGUCGUCUACUGGUGGAUCAUCAACUGAUUCAGUUUCUUCUUUGAGGUUGUCAAUGGAUGGGGAGAUACAGCAAGACGUAUUACCUUCUUUUGGCUCGAUUUCUCCGGUCAGUGUUCUUCCUGGAAGUCAAGAUAAACAUGACUAUGACUCCAUGUCUGAUGAAUCAAUUUCUCCUGUAAUAACGCAAGACCAAAGGAAAAAGAGUGGAUUAAUUUUACCAAUCAAAAUGCCAGAUGGUCAUGGGAAUCAACAAAGGGAAUCUUCUAGUUCUGAAACAAUAUCACAUGUUAAAUUGUUAGAAGGACAAUCAAAGCAGCAAUUGGAAUCACCCCAUUCACAAUCAGUAUCGCUUGACAUUGCACAAGACAUGGAGAAACAAACUGAAAUAUCAGGUUCUGCUGUUGAAAUUUCCCAUGGACCUAAAAGCCAUCAUUGUGGUUCACAUACAUUAAGAAUUGAAUCAAGUUUCUCUACCACAUCCAGUGAACAAGAAACAGAGGCACAGGAUGAUGGCACUUGUUCCCCAAUAUUAGAUUACAUCAGUGAAGGUCUGUGUCCAUGUAGGCCUACAUUACACACACAAGAUAAAUCACAAGUGUCUGAAGCUAAUGUAACUUUACAGUUGGUAGAAAAUGAAUCACCACAGUUUGAAAUAGACGAAUUGUCACAGUUGGCUGCUGUUGUGACUGAUGAGAUGUCUCAAGAUGUCAAUAAAUCCCCAGAGUUAAUAGCUGAAGAAGUUUCACAUUCUGAAAGUGAUAAAUCUACACAGUCUGAAACUGAUGAAAAUUCACAGAUAGCAUCUAAAGAACCAUCUGUGAGAGACAAAACAUCACAAGUAGCAGUUGAUGAUUCAUCACAGUCUGAAACUGAAGAGUCACUGCAUGAUAUUGAUGAAGUUUUACCACAAAUUGAUAUUAACUCCUCAGAUUUGGUAGCUGAUGAAGCAACACUUUUAAGGCGGGUUGAGUUCCUCACCAAGCAUUUAAGACUGACCAGACUAGAAGCUCUUUACUUGUUGAAAGCACUUCAUGGAGAUUUUAUUGCGGCACUGGCCUAUUUGAACGAUCCAUAAACUUGAAUUUUAAUGCAUUUAAAAAUUGUUUUAAUUUUGUAUCUGUUAUCAUACCAGUGCUCUAUAUUUAAUUGUAUUUCAUACAACUUGAAAAGAAAUUGUUUUGAAACUUUGUGUAUAUACAUAUAUAUUGUUGACACUCAACUGUUACUGUCCAAUAAGAACACCCUGUACAAACAUAUUUCUUUGACUCAUUAAAUACAAGUCUUAAAAUACAAAAUACAUGUGUUUUGCCUACUCCUCAGUGCUGUAUACAAACUCAACAGUUUGUAGCCAAUCUUUAUCAUAAAAUACUUUUACUUUGCUUCCUUCAAUGCAACAAAUCAAGAGGGACAACCCAAAAAAUACAGUUUAGUAAGUCCACCCUUCUGUAAUCCUUACAAACUCACACACAAACUUAUAACUCUUGUUUUGCUUUUUCCAAAUCUACAGUAUAAGAACCAAUUUAGCCUUCUUCCAUUAACACAGAGUCUUUUGGUCGAUAUUUUGUAACCCUUCAAGAUAUAUCUUUGCUUUGCCUCCUUCUUAUUUGAUUCUUAACAUUUCAUUCUUUAGCACCAUAACUUGUAUCUUUGCUCCCACCAAUGGAAAAGUUUGAGAAGAAUAGCACUUCCAUCAUUGAGUACCCUCAUUGUAACAAAGACAAGCACAUAGUGUCUUUUAUUUAUAGACCGUAAUGAUAAAAUAUGUUUACUUUGCUUUCAAUUGUACAAACUGUGUAAUUAUACUGGUAUACAAUUUCAUUUUUUUUUUGUUUUGUAAUAAUUUAUUACCAUCUAAAAGUCUCUUUUAAUAAAAAAAAAAUAUUUUAAAAUUUGUAGAAAAAGAUUGUUAUAUGGCAUAAAUUAUUGAUUUGAAUACAGUACCAAAUAUGAUGAGAUUGUUAAUUUUCCUAUAAGUUCACUGUAUGUUGUAAUUUUGUGUGUUAGUCUGGUAGUGGUACAUAAGACUCACUAUGAAAAGAAUAAUAAAGAUUUUCAACGCAAAAGCGACACUAAACAAAGAAAAAAUAUGUAGAAGAAAUGUUUAAUGUUGUUUACCUCCAUCAAUAUGUAUAAUUUGUAUGCUCUUUUAUAUGAGUGUUAUGAGUUUUCAUUUCUUGUGAAGAAAAUCGUAUGUUUUUACAGAAUAAAAAAAAAUAAUUUCGGACUGUUAAACAAACUGGGGACUUUA